CCUUUCUUUCUCUCUCUUUCAUAACUUUUUUCAGUAUUAGGGUUUCGUGUUCUCUCUCUCUAUCUUUCUCGCUCUCAAACUCGAACUCGAACUCAGAAGACUCUAAUCUUUCUGGUAAGAUCUUCAAUCUAAUAUUAUUAUUCUUCUGGAAUUGUUUUAGGUUUCGAUUCUUUCGAUAUGCAAUGGUUCGAUUUUGAUUUCGAAUAAGCACUUUCACUUCUAGACCUAUAUAUAUAUAUAUAUUUAUAUUUAUAUAUAAACAUAUAGGGGUAGAGAUUAGAUAAUAUUUUAGCUGAGGGAGAAAGAAAGAUUAUAAAUUUGAGAAUGGAUGAAGAUGGAGGGGAACAGAUGGAUCAGUUCCAUCGUAACGAAGCGAUCUCAGCUGUGGCUGAUGAGGGUUUCUUGGGCGAGGAAGAGGAAGACGAUGAUUAUGAGGACCUUUACAAUGAUGUAAAUGUUGGUGAGGGUUUUUUACAGUCUAUGAGGAAGAAUGAGGAUUCGGGUUUUGGGAAUGAGGUUGUGGAGGAAAAGAAGAUUGAGCAACAACAACAACAGCAACAAGUUCCUUUAGUGGCUCAAGAGGCUGCUGUUUCGAUUCCGGGUGUUGGUGGUGGUAGUGGUGAGGGUACUGGUGGUGGAGAUGUUGGAGCUAGGGUUGCUGCUGGGAGAGUUGGAGGAGAGGGUUAUAGUAAUAGUAAUAAUCAAAAUCUUGGAUUUAGAGGGGGUGAGAUGGGUUUGAAGGUUAAUGUUGGAUCGGGGCCAUCGGUGGGUGGUGGAAGUGGGAUGAGGGUUGAAUUAGGUCAGGGGUCGAGUAAGAUGAAUGAUUUUGAAGAACAGAGUGGGAAUACUAGUGUUGGGGUUCAUGUUAUUGGUCAGCAGCCGCAACAGCAACAACAACCUCAGCAGCUGCAACAACAGCAACCACCGCCGCCACAACAAGUUCCGCCACCUCAUGUUGGUGUUGUUGGAAAUGUUGGGAAUAUGGUGGGUGAUGGUAUGAUGAGGCAACCUGGUGUGGGUGUUAAUGUUAAUGGGGUUGGAGGAAACAAUGUUGUUGGUGGAGUUGGGGUUGGGGUAGGGGUUGGAGGUGGAGGUGGUGGGACUAUUUUGUUUGUUGGUGAUUUGCAUUGGUGGACAACUGAUUCGGAAUUGGAGUCUGAGUUAUGUAAGUAUGGACAAGUGAAGGAGGUUAAAUUUUUCGAUGAGAAGGCAAGUGGGAAGUCUAAAGGGUAUUGUCAGGUUGAGUUUUAUGACCCAGCUGCUGCUACAGCCUGCAAAGAGGGGAUGAAUGGGCAUUUGUUUAAUGGUCGACCUUGUCUUGUUGCAUUUGCGUCCCCGUUCAGUGUCAAGAGAAUGGGAGAGGCUCAAGUGAACAGGAAUCAACAGAUGACUCAGACUAAUGUUGCUCAGGCUAGAAGGCCUAAUGAUACUGGUGUUAAACCUGGUGGGAAUAACAUUGCAACUGGUGGGAAUUAUCAAGGUGCAGAUAAUAAUACUAAUACUAAUAAUAAUAAUAGAGGUUUCGGGAGAGGUAAUUGGGGAAGGGGUAAUGCUCAGAAUAUGGGAAAUAGGGGUCCUGUUGGUCCGAUGCGAAACAGGGGUGGAGGAAUGAGUGGUAGAGGUAUAAUGGGAAAUGGUGGAAAUGGCUUUGGGCAGGGUCUUGGUGCAACCCCUCCUUUAUUGCACCCUCAGUCAAUGAUGGGCCAGGGUUUCGAUCCAGCUUUUGGUGCCCCCAUGGGUAGAAUGGGAAGUUAUGGAGGCUUUCCUGGUGCCCCAACACCGCCAUUUUCUGGGAUUUUGUCUUCUUUCCCUCCUGUUGGAGGUGUUGGUUUGCCUGGAGUUGCCCCGCACGUUAAUCCUGCAUUUUUCGGAAGGGGAAUGCCCAUGAAUGGAAUGGGAAUGAUGCCAACAGCUGGUGUUGAUGGGCCUAAUAUGGGAAUGUGGUCUGAUCCCAGCAUGGGUGGAUGGGGUGGUGGUGAAGAGCAUGGUGGGGGAAGAGCUGCGGAAUCUAGUUAUGGUGAAGAAGCUGCAUCUGACCAUCAAUAUGGUGAGGUUAGUCAUGAUAGAGGAGGAGGCUGGCCCAAUCCAAUGAAGGAAAAAGAUAGAGGUUCAGAGAGGGACUGGUCUGGGUCUUCGGAUAGAAGGUAUCGGGAGGAUAGGGAUCAAGCUUAUGAGAGGGAUGUGCCUAGAGAAAAAGAUACAAGUCAUGAUGACUGGUCUGAAAGAAGACAUCGUGAUGAUAGAGACGCUGGUCGAGAGCGGGAAAGGGAGCGUGAUCGGGAUCGAGAACGUUCUCGUGAUCGCGAACGUGAAAGGGACCGUGAUAGGCAUAGGGAAGAUAGGGACAGAUAUGCUGACCAUCAUAGGUACAGAGACCGUGAAACUGAACAUGAUGAUGAGUGGGAAAGAGGACGGUCAUCAAGGACUCACAACAAAGGACGGGUAUCUCAAGAGGAUGAUCAUCGAUCAAGAUCAAGGGAUGCUGAUUAUGGGAAGAGGCGGAGGCUCACUUCCGAAUAACUGCUUUGAUGUUUCUUAUUUCUAGAUAAUUCUUAUUUUAAAAAGAAGAAAGUGAAAGCAAAGAAACUUUUGGGGGUUUGCAAUGCUAUUUUGGACUCUUUUUCAACUGAUGUCUUAUGGCCCGUUCGUUCAGUGGUGGUUCAUUACAAUUCUUCAGUCUCAGGAUUGCUUCUCUUACAUGGAAGCACGGUUUGGUUCUUGCAUGAGAAAAGCUUGAUGGAUUUCCUUAUUCGAGAACCAAAGCCGUUACACAGGGAACUGUGAGAGCCUUCCACUACAACGAAAAGGGACCUCGUAGCUUCAAUAUUGGAAAGGAGAACGAAAGGUGUUGUGCCAGACCCUAAUAGGAUUUAGAAGCAGACUCUCUUGCUUUUAAGUUUUUCUUAGCUUUCUUUACCUUUAUGUUUUAGCUAAUUAGCACUUGAUAAAAAAAAAUGAAAAAAAGAAAAAAAAGAAGAAACAAACUUAUCAAUGUUAUGACGAUGAUGAUGAUGAUGUUAUGGCUUGAAAUUGCCGAAGUCUCGAAUAUGGUUAGAUUAUUUUUCGGAACUUGUUGCUUGAAAAAUGGUCAUGUAAUAGGAUUUAUCUGAGGAUGUUGCUGUUGUUACCUCCCCCACCAUUUCUUUUUUUGUUGUUUGGCUUAGUUGUUGUAUCAUUUGUAUUUGUUGUAUCAUUAUAUCCUCUCUCACUUUUUCUUUUC